AUGUCAGCCAACCGUUUCGCCGUACUUCUACUACAACAUCACACUUUCCUGCAGGAAGCGAUGGCAGCCUGCUAUUGGCGCAACGGAACUGAGAAUACGCAUCCUGCGUACGCACCAAGAAUUAACGAUACCUCGAAUCCACUCAGCACCAUUUGCUGCGCUUCUUGGGAUAACUUACUACCAAACGGACUGUGCCAGAAUAAGGAUUCGUCGACCAUCUAUCGAGAAACGUGUACGAAGAGCAGCUGGGAAGGAGGAGGAUGCCAGGAGCUUUGCUCAGCGGAGGUACACAAGGCACGGCUCACACCUUGUACUGGUGCUGCUGAUUCGGCAACAUGGUGUUGCGGAUCUUCGAAUCAAUGCUGCGCUGAAAGGAGCACUAUCCCGCGAUACACGAUCGCGGCGCGUUUCGGGGACCCUAUACCUACAGCGACUUCAUCGAUUGUCUCUUCAACCAUGUCGUCCAUGAUCUCGUCUUCGAUAUCGACGCUGCCAGCAACGAGCACGGCGAUAGCCACCGGCAACAGUGGAUUGUCUGUGGGUGCGAAAGCUGGCAUCGGUGUCGGGGCAACCCUCGGAGCUAUCGCCUUGAUUGGUUUGGGGAUUUUCAUUGCUCAGGCGUUGCGAUGGCGCAAGAAAGCGCGAGAUGCGACUCCCUCGACUCGUGUACCUGAAGAGUACACGCCAAAGGACAUUUAUCGAUACGAACAGGGUGGCAACCCUGCACAGUUAGCCGGCGGGGAAAGUGAACUGCACGAAAUGCCAGGAUCUGUGAGGGUUUCCGAGCUAGAUCAGGUUCCUUACAGUCGUCCAGUGGGCGGACUUGCUGCGAAAGCUUGA